UUUUCACACACAAAUGCAGAGUUCUUUCUGGGACACACUGAUACGGUCUACACUCUUCACAAAAGCAGGAUAUAUCAGAACAGUCUUCACACACACUACUGAAACUAAACUGCAGUUGGGCCGAUCAGCUUCCUGAAAGAAAAUAGUGUGGAAUUAAUUAGAGUCAAAGCUACACCUGUUAUUCAAGAGAUUCAGGAAAAUUACUCCUACCCAGAAAUGGAGCCGUCCUUAUCCACAACUUCAUCCACAUUUAAUGAAUCAGAGUGCUACAUGUAUAUUUACAGGAAGCCUAUUUCUAUCUGGUUUAGCAUAUUUUAUUCAUUCGUCUCUAUUACUGGCAUAAUAGGAAACAUCAUUGUACUUUAUGUGAUCCGCCACAGCAAACAGAAGAUAAACUCCACUGUCCUUUACCUUGUUAAUUUGUCUAUUGCAGAUCUCAUGUUCACGUUUUCAUUGCCAAUAAGGAUAGCAUAUUACAUAUUAGAGUUCAACUGGAAACUAGGAACAAUAAUGUGUCGAAUAAGUGGAUACAUUUUCUACCUCAAUAUGUAUGCAAGCAUAAGUUUUAUGACGUGCAUAAGUAUGGACAGAUACUUUGCAGUAAUCCAUCCAAUUAAAUGUCAGCGAUUUAGAAGAGUUUCGUUUGUUAAAUACAUUUGCUUCUUUGCCUGGCUAACUAUAUGUUGCACUAACAGUCUGUUGCUCUUUUUGCCAGACAUGUUGAAAGAGGACGAUGACAGGCUGUUAUGUAUGGAGUAUCCCAAUUUUGAAAACAUUCCAAGAUUGCCACAGUUUCUUUUGCUUGGCUGUGUUCUGGCCUAUUAUUUACCUGUGGCAUUUCUGGUCUUUUGUUAUACCUGUGUCAGUUUAAAAUUAAGAACCUUAUCUAAAAACCCCCUGAGUGGAGGAAAACAGAGCAAUGCCAAAUGUCGGAAGUCCCAAUUACUAGUGCUGGUAGUAUUACUGGUGUUUGUCCUUUGCUACACUCCUUACCACCUUGGCAUCACCAGACACAUGCUAAGUAGGCUUGUUGGGGAAGUACACUGUGAAACUAGGCAAAAUUUUCAACUCUGUCUUCAUUUGACCAUCUCUUUAAUGAACAUUAAUUGCUGCAUGAACCCUCUCAUUUAUUUUUUUGCAUCCAAAUCCAAUAAGACCAGAAUUUGGGAACUUGUCCUACAUAGAUCUUCCCAAUCUACAAGCCAGUCUUCUCAGAAAAGUCUCAGCACAGAUGCAAGCAAUGAUACUUAACAGUUGUACAUAUUGGUAUUAUGUGAUCAGAUAAUAGUUAAUAAGCAAGCUGAGGCAGCAUUUAAUAGAUACACAGCACAAACUUAACAGGUUGCAUAUGGCAGUUAUUUAUUUAGUAAUAUCACUAGAUAUUAUUUGUGAGUACUGUUACUCACCAUCAUCUAGUCAUUUGCAGCUGCAGGGAUGGUGAGUGACUACAGCAGGAUACAAAACAUAGCUUAGAGUUCUGGUUUUGUACAAUAGCCCUUAAUAUCUAACAAAAAACAACAUUUCUAACAGAACAUCAAGCAAUAUCAAUAGAUAUUUAUCAGAUAAUGAGGAAUUAAUUAUAAGCAUCAGUCUUAUUUGUCUAUUUUCUAGAAAGUAUUAUUUGUCAAAGACAAAAGGCAUUCAAUUAAAACAUUUCUGAAUUGAACAUUAUUCAAACAAUAUAGACUCUCCUUUAAUUAAUGCAGUUGUAUUAUGCAGAGGGGGGGGGGGUCUUUCACUCAAUCUCCCAUACCUAAUUAAAAAAAUGGAGAAAAUCAAACAUACAUACCCUGCAAAUUAAGAAAAUAGUUGUUAAAUUUAGACUGUAAAAAAAUUAAAGGCAGUAAAAAUGUGUUUAAUGGCACAAUGAAAGUGCAUGUGAAAUAAAGUGAACAUACGUGUCUCUUAGAAUCUGAAUUAUCAAUCAAAUGAAAAUCCAAGACAAAUUAAUCCAACCAGAUUAUAUUAUGACUCACGGAAGGCUAGUUAAAACACAAUCACAUUAGCACUACACUGUUCCCCUUUAACAAUGUAUGGUAUUUGAUUCUAAACGUAAGCAGUUUGUAUCAUCACUGGUACUUUGUGCAAUUAUAGAAUUCAUUUGCAAGUAAUUUCAUCAGCUUUUUAACCACUGGAGUACAGUAUUACAUAAAGUGGAAUUACAUCUGCCUUCUUCCAUUUCUCCUGAAUUACUCCAUCACUCCUUCAUUUGUCAAUGGAUAUGGUCAAAGAGCUCUAUAAAGAAUAUUUUGUUCACUGAAUAUGGAUGCUUUUCCAAGAUAAUACCUUUUGUGCUGGGGUUUAUGCCCAAUGUUAUUUGCUUCCUCCUUCAUUGUUUUCAGAAAUUUUCUUUAGG